ACCCCCUGGGCCUUCGUCGGUACUCCCGCCCGCGCCCCCGACUUGGAUAAUUAUCAGUGAAAUUCAAAUUCUAUAUUUCGUGCUCUUUCUCCGUCUUCUGACAUGAGCGACACGAUCCUGAUCUCCGAUGGGGAGGACCAGGCUACUCCACCGCCAUUCCUCUCGAAGAGGGCUCGUACCAAUCCAAUCCCUACGAUUCUGAUCUCUGACACCGAUCCGACGCCGCAGAAGCGACCGCCGGACUCUGCGUCCACUCCCUCCUUCGUUGCCGAGACUCCUUUCUCCGACGAUGUUUCCGUCGUCAAAUGUUCCAUUGACGUCAGAGCUGGGGUUUCUGGUUCCGACCGCGAAGACAAGUUCUCCGGUAAACGGAUAAUAUCUCUAGAAUCGGAGUCUGAAAAUGAGUCCGAAAACAGUUGUGGACCAGAAAUUUCUGAGAAGAAUGAAUCUACUGAUUUUAGUGAGCCACACCACGAUAAUAACAUUAUUCAGAUGUAUGGACCCAGUUCAGCGUAUUUGCCAGACACUGUUAUUCAGAAUCAGGUGGAUGCUGAACAAGACACAGAAAAUAUUAGCAUUGAUCCAAUGCGUCUGCAGAAGCAGAUCAGAAAACCAGAAAAUCUAACUCAUGUGGGUGAAGCGUUGUGCAAGAAGGCGGUAUCAAAAGAGGAAAAGAUUCGUGCAAUGGAGGAAAAGAAGCUGAAAAAAGAACAAGAGAAAUUGCAAAAGGCAGCACUGAAAGCAGAAGAAGCUGAGCGAAAAAAGUUAGAAAAGGAAAAGCAGAAAUGGGAAAAGGGGAAGUUAGCGCUUAAAUCUAUUGUUGCUGAGAUUGAUGCUAAAAUGGUCGAACUAGGAUCUGUUGGAGGACAUCUGCUUUCAAGGUUCUCCGAGAAAGGCAUUACAUUCCGCAUAACUUCAAAUCCAAUUGAGAGAUCCAUUGUGUGGACAAUGACAGUCCCGGAGCAUAUUUCUCAGCUUUUGCCGCAAGGGCCAAAGAUUCAGUACGUUUUACUUGUGUAUGAGGCUGAAGAAUUUUGUAAUCUUGUUGCAAAUGAGAGACUUCUAGAACAUGUCUCGAGAGUUCGAAGUCAAUAUCCGGCCUAUACAGUUUGCUACCUGACCAAUAAGUUAAUGGCCUACAUAAACAAAAGGGAAAAGGAAGAGUACAAGAAACCAGAUAUUUGCAGUGGCUGGAGACGGCCUCCUAUCGAAGAGGUACUAGCAAAAUUAACUACUCACUACGUUAGGGUGCAUUCCAGGCACUGUGUAGACGAGGCUGAGGUGGCUGAACAUGUUGUCGGUUUAACGAGCAGCCUUGCAUCUUGCCAUUUCAGGACGAAGUUGACAAGAUUAUCAGUAUAUGCAAAUGGGGCUUUAAUCCCUAAGGAUUCAGUUGACAAGCACUUAAUAAAGAAGACCCCGUGGUUGAAAGCGUUGAUAGCUAUACCAAAGGUGCAGCCAAGGUUUGCUCUCGCUGUUUGGAAGAAGUACCCAACGAUGAAAUCCCUGUUAAAGGUCUAUAUGGACCCUACCAAAUCCGUGCAUGAGAAGGAAUUCCUGCUAAAGGAUUUGAAGGUGGAAGGGUUAGUUGGGGGAGAUAGAAGAUUAGGGGAGGUCUGUUCUAAGAGGAUAUUCAGAGUCCUCAUGUCUCAGAGCGGAACCAUCAAGACUGAUGAUGUCGAAAACGGUGCUGAUUUCUUCCCCUCCCCCUCCUUCUCUCACUAACCUUCCUUUACAGUUGUGUUUUUGUACAUUGUCUCAUCCCAAAUCGAACCGAAGGAUGCCUUGUGAAAAUGAAACCCUCCGACUUGCAAGUUUUUGUACAUGUCAUGUGAUGAUCGUCUUUUUUCUUGUUA